GGUGCUCUGAGGGAAGGAGGGGAAUGAACCGAAAGGAGCGGGGCAGGCGCGCGCGCGAGCCGGAGGAAUGGCCGUUAUGACGUUACACGGCCGGCGUGGCAGCUGGUGGGGGAGGGGGUUGGUGGCCAGUGACGUCGUGGCACUCGGGGUUCGUUAGUGGGUGGCUGGGCAGCGUGGAGCCCCGAGUUCGAAUUCCCCCCAAUCAGCUAUGAUGUCGUCACCGGAAGACCGUAUAUUUAAAGUUCACCCUUUACAUUAUUUUAAAGUUAUGUUUUGUUAAACCCUUGGCUUCCUUCCUCCAAGGAGCUCAAGGUAGCGUGUCCGGCUCCCUCCCUCCUCCCCAUCCUCUCAACAACCUUGUGAGGGAGGUUAGGCAGAGGGGCUGGAGUGGGUUCGAAAACCCCUUUCAGCAUAAUGAUAAUAAGAAUAAUAAAUAAAUAAAUAAAUAAAUAAAUAAAUUAUUACUUAUACCCCAUCCAUCUGGCUGGUUUCCCCAGCCACUCUGGGCGACUCCCAACAGAAUAUUAAUAAUAAAAAUAAUAAAAAGCAAUAAUGAAUCAAACAUUAAAAACUUCCCUAAACAGGGCUGCCUUCAGAUGUCUUCUAAAAGUCAGAUACCUGUAGUUGUUUAUUUCCUUGAUAUCUGAUGGGAGGGCGCCCCACAGGGCGGGUGCCACUACUGAGAAGGCCCUCUCCCUGGUUCCCAGCAACCUCACUUCUCGCAGUGAGGGAACUGCCAGAAGGCCCUUGGAGCUGGAGCUCCGUGUCCAGGCUGAACGAUGGGGGUGGAGACGCUCCUUCAGCAGUGAUGUUGGUGCUGGGUGACUUUGCUUAUUUACAUUAUUUUUUAAAAAAAAUAGUUGUGUUUUAUUAAGGCAAUGCUCAAGGCGAUAUACUGUACCUGGUUCUCCCCCAUCCAUCCUCUCAGCAACCCUGUGAGGCAGAGAUAACACGGCAGUAUGCCAGCAUUGCCACUGGAUGAGCUCCAGUUUACAGAGAAAGAUUCACUGACUGGAAAGAUGAAAACUUUACCCGCCCUGCAUCCUGAAAAGAAAACAGAGCGGUCUUUUGUGCUGUAUAAGCCCCCACCGAAAGCCAGAGGCGACCGUGCCCUGCUGGAGGAGUUCUGGGAGAGAGCCAAGUUUGUUGCAGAUGACCUGGACUGGCUUUUGACUCUGCCUCAUGACAAAUUCUGGUGCCAGGUGAUAUUUGAUGAGACGCUCCAGAAAUGCCUGGAUUCAUACCUGCGCCACGCCCCUCGCAAGUUUGACACAGUGGCGGACUUGCCUCCAGAGGUGAAUGACCUCCAGAGAUGCCUCCAUCGGAACGUUUUCCUAACCUUCCUCCGCAUGUCCACUCACAAGGAGUCCAAAGAUCACUUCAUCACGCCAUCUGUUUUUGGAGAGAUCCUUUACAAUAACUUCUUGUUUGAUAUCCCCAAAAUCCUGGAUCUGUGUGUGCUCUUUGGAAAAGGCAACGGUCCUCUGCUCCAUAAGAUGAUUGAAAACAUCUUUACUCAGCAGCCAAGCUAUUUCAGUGACUUGGAUGAAACCGUGCCUACAGUUCUUCAGGUACUCAGCAGCAUUCUGCAUACAUGUGGCUUGCAGUGUGAAGGGGCUUCAUCCACACCACAGAAGCUGGAGGAAAGAAUCCGAUUGACUCCUGGGGAUAUUCCUCUGCAGGAGCUGAAGGAUAUUGUACUGUACCUGUGUGAUACUUGCAUCACCCUCUGGGCCUUUCUGGAUGUCUUUCCUUUGGCUUGCCAGACAUUCCAAAAGCAUGACUUCUGCUACAGGCUUGCUGCAUUUUAUGAGCUGGUGAUACCUGAGCUGGAGGCUGCUAUUAAGAAGAGGCAACGUGAGGACAGCAGCUUGUUGUCAGAUUUGUGGAAGAGGCUGUCUCAUUCUCGGAAGAAGAUGGUGGAAGUUUUCCAUAUGAUCAUAAACCAGUUGUGCCUUCAGCCCAUUUUGGAAAGCAGCUGUGAUAAUAUCCAGCCUUACAUAGAAGACUUCCUGCAGAUCUUCACCUCAGUGCUUCAAGAGAGGAGGUUUCUCCGUGACUAUGAUGAACUCUUUCCUGUAGCAGAUGAUGUGAGCCUCCUCCAGCAAGCCUCCUCAACCCUAGAUGAGACCAGGACAGCUUACAUCCUGCAAGGAGUGGACAGUGCCUGGGAGGGAGUGGACAGGAGGAAAAAAACAGCCCACGACUUGGCCCUGCCGGAAACCAUGGCUCCGGUGAUGCCCAGUAAUACAGAGGGGCUAGAGACACUCAGGGAGGAAAACCACACAGAGUACGCUGGAGCAGCCGCGGCCCCUGUGUGCAAGGUCUCUGGGGUGGAGCUGGAUUCCCUGAUCUCCCAAGUGAAGGACCUGCUCCCUGAUCUUGGAGAAGGCUUUGUCCUGGCCUGCUUGGAGGAGUACAACUACAGCGUAGAGCAGGUGAUCAACAACGUUCUGGAGGACAAGCUGGUGGCAGCCUUGGAGAAGCUGGACCGAGCAAUGCCCAGGUCAGUGAAGCCAGACCCAACACCUCUCCUCACUUCCCGAUGCAACGUUUUCCAGAAUGAUGAGUUUGAUGUUUUCAGCCAGGACUCUCUGGAUCUCUCCCGGGUGCAGAAAGGCAAGCGGAUUGACAAAGCCACAACCAAAAGUCUGGUGAAUGACAAGCGCCUUGUGAAUGAGCAGAGGGAGCGCUACAGCCAGUACUCUGUGAUAGUGGAGGAGGUCCCAGAGCAGAGCGGAGCAGGUCUUUCCUACCCGGAUGACUAUGAGGACGAAUACGAUGACACCUAUGAUGGCAACCAGGUGGGAGCAAACGAUGCCGACUCAGAUGACGAGCUGAUCAGCAGGAGGCCGUUUACCAUCCCUCAAGUUCUGAGACCAAAAGAUCAGAAAGAAGAGGACGAGGAAGAUGACAAUGAAGAGGAGUUGGCGGCAGCUGAUGAAAAGGGGGCUGCAAAGCAGGACCACUUUGUGCAGGACCCAGCUGUGCUGCGGGAGAGAGCUGAAGCCCGGCGGAUGACUUUCCUCGCCAGGAAAGGGCACAAGCCAGACAAUUCAGGUGUCAUUUUGGGCAGCGCCAAGGGACAUGGCCAGAGCCGAGAGACAGUCCAGGAGCGCAGGAAGAAAGAAGCCAGCAAAGGGACCAGGGCUAAUCAUAAUCGGCGUGCCAUGGCAGACCGGAAGCGAAACAAAGGCAUGAUCCCUUCCUGAAGAGGUGGAGAAGGGGAAACUCUUCCUCUUGGAGGCUCACAGUGCAAUGCCUUUAUCCCAAGGGACAGUACUUUUCCAUCCUUGCUUAUGGAGAGCAUCAGCAUGUAACAACCAGCAACCCAUUACAGAGAACUGCAACAGCUGUGCAUUGUUAUUUAUAGGGGAAUGCGACAAAGAUAUUUAUGCAUACACAAUGGACCUUGCUGUGCAGGCAGUUCCUUGUGAACAUUUGUCAGCACCAAUAAUAAUAUAGCAGCCUUGAUGGAUGAGAUCAAGUUCCCAACUAGUCCACCAUGUUUUCCACCAGCUCUUUUUUGCAAGCCCACAAGCAGGGUGUGAAAGUGAGGGGCUACUUGUGUUCUGCCUCUAGCCUCUGUUGUGCAGAUGGGGUACUACUUCUGGGGGAGGGGUCGUAGCUCAGUGGUAGAGCAGCUGCUUUGCAUGCAGGAGGUCUCAAUCCUCAAUAUGCCUAGGUAGGGCUGGGAAAAGGCACCUGCCCGAAACCCUGGAGAGCUGCUGUCAGUCAGUGUAGACAAUACUAAGCUAAACGGGCCAGUGAUUUAACUCCAUACAAGGCAACUUCCUAUGUCCACCUGAAUAGUGGGGCCAAUGCCCUUUUCAAGAAAUCUUGAGAUUGUUGGCCAUCACCUCCAACUUUUAUUCCUAGCGAAUUCCUCAGUUACGCAUCAGGAUUGUGUAAAGUACUUCAUGCUUUCAAUCCUGCAUCAUGUCAAUUCUUUUCUCGCUGCCCAGACCAACCUAGCUCCAGCAAGCAAGAUGGUGACCUCAUGUAUCUUCAGACCAUGGUCUGGGCUAUUAUUGUUGUAUAAUGUUGUUAUAUUUGCAACCUCCUUCCGAAAUGCUCAAAAACCGAGGAUCAAAGGGCUGUCAGCAAGUUCAAUGGGGAAAAUUGAGAAACGCGCCUUGGAAGCUGUUCGACCGGAGGCGCGUUCAAAAAUGGAAGCAUUCACUUCUGGGUUUUCGGCAUUCAGCUUUUGAAACGUUUGGCAGCCGAGACGUUUGAAAACUGAACUUUGACUGUACUUUGUGCUCUACAGUAGGCAAGUGUGAAAUCUGUGUAGGCAUCUCAUGAGCCUAAAUGGGGAUGAAGAUCUCUAGCAGCAGAGGCCUUACCGUACUUGCCACUUCCUGAAGACUCCCCAAAAUGCUAAAGGCUGGGGAAAGAAUUGGGAACAAAGGCAUGCAUUCAGUUUUCCUCCCUAUCCCUCCAAAAGAGAAAGGGGGAACAGAUGUUAGAAUAUGUACUUCCUGAUAUCACACACCCCGUCCCACUUUUGAACUUUGACUAGCCUCUCCACUUACCGGUACAUUUUUUCACUAAUAGGCUGAUAUAGUCACCCAUCUCCCCCCCCCCCAUUCUGUCAAAUGUUUUAUUCGAUAAUUGCAGCCAGUUCAAACUUCGGCAAGGUUGAGAUUCCUGUCCAUUAAAUGUGUCUUGUGCUUACGCCCAGGCUGUGGGGCUCUCCUAUUCUCCCAGCACACAGCUGUUCAAGUAUCUGGCAUCAAUGUUAUUUUGAUACUGGGCAUACAAUAAAUGUACCGGCCUCAGCUGGUCCAUGAGAACCCCUGGGGCCUGCCCAGGUGGUGAUGGGCUAGAAUACACUUUGACACAGCUCUGAAAAGCAUUGAUGUGUCAAGUUGUGCACUGAAGUUUUCUCGUAAGGAACAAAAACUUCAGCCUGUCAGUUGGAUGUUCUUUAGCAAUGAACCUUACCUAAUGUAAUUCCACAUGAAGUCUAGUGCCAAGAUUUGAAUCGGUGAAGUGCACCAGCUCAGCAGCAGGUGACCCCCCCGGAACAGACACUUGAAAUCUGAUAGGAUGGCAUUUUCAGUCAGUACUGCAGCAUGGAAAUCAGCCAAAAGGAAGGCAGCAUAAGAGUUUUUGCUGAUUUGGUCAGUUCCUGCAUAAUGGUUUUACCUUGUCUGCACUGAUCAUGAAGCGUCAGCAACUAUUACAAGUUAGAAAGGGAAGAAUUCUUUCCAUUUGUCCAGCACUGUAGCAAAUGCAGAGUUAAAAGACUUAAGAACAAAGGAAUCUGGCUUAUAGCAGGUUCAGGCCAUUGGUCAAUCUAGCUCAGUACAGUCUACAUCUGGUGGGGGGAACCUGUGGCUCUCCAGCUGCUGCUGAACUUCCAUAAGGUCCACCUAGCAUAGCCAGUGGUCAGGGAUGACGGGGGUUGUAGUCCAGCAACAUGUGAGGGGGCCACAGGUUCUGCACCAAUGGCCGUCUUCCAGAGUAAACCUGUGGUGGAGGGUGGUAGUGGAAUGCUCUGCUUGAGUCUCGUCAUCUUAUAGAGCAGGAAUUGUUCUAACCUGUGCCCCCUCCAUAGGCUUAACUCCAACUGCCUUCAUCCCCAGCCAGCAUGGUCAAUCAGUGGUCUGGAAUGAUGUGAGUUGUAUUCCAACAACUUCUAGAGGAUAACAGAUUAACCAACCUGAUGGAGGACAAGGUUGGCACCCUGAACAGAAAGCAGCCCCGUUCAGUGCGGAUCUGCUUGAAGAUUUUGCAUCUCUCUAUUUGAGGCUUUCCAAAUAAGCGAGUAUUUAGAAAGCAGACACUUAAACUAGCCUUAAGCCUAUAAAUGCCUGCAGAUUUUUAGGUUAGAGCAGGCACAGAAUAGCAUGCUUUUCAUGCAUUUUUUUUAAUUUAUCCAAAAAUAGAGAGCUAAA